UAAGGGCGUGUUGUUAAAGAUUUUUAGUUGCUAUUAAAGAUCUUUAGAAUUUAUGGAUUAUUAAACUGAUUACGUGGUUACUGUUAAAAAAAUUUUAGUGGCUGUUAAAGAUUUUUUAAGUAAUUAUCAAAAUUUUUUGUUUUGUUGUAUGAAAUAUUGUCAUUGUAAAUUUGCCAUUCCUCAUAGAAGUGAGAAAGUUUGGUUACCAGAAUAUUGUCAUUGUUAUAAUACCCAAAUCUUAAGUUUUUUGUCAUUGAAUUGAAUUAUAAAAAUCAGGUUCGGAUAUUAUGCCGGUAUUGUUAAACGGAUUGGGAACGGAUAUGGCAGUAAAAUUAAAAUACUAAAUGGAAUUGGGACGGGUUUGGGAAUUUUACAUAUAAUCGGGUUCAGGUACUCUCAAUUUUGCGGGUAUCCUGCUCGUUUACAUCCUUAUUGGUACUAGUUGGUUGCUGAUCAAUCUUAGGACAGACAUGAGACACUAAAUGCGGCAUAGCUCCUCCCCUCUUUUAUUUUCUUCAUACUUCAAUCUCUCGCUUUAGUGGUUUUUUUUUUUAAUUUUUUAUAGUUAUUAUGUUGUUCUUUUUGGUUUGGUAUAUGGUUAAAGAGUUUGAAAUUGUGUAGUAUAUAAGCACAUAUAUUGGUGAUUUUUCGAUUCAAGCUAGUAGAUAUAUUCUGUGUUUGAAGUAGAAAGUAUGUAAUUGUAUUCCGUUGAUAUGAUGUCUUUUUGUUUCUUCAUUUCUUUUCCUUUUCUUUUUAGGUGUGCAAAAUUGAUUUUGGAUUUGUCCUACUUUUUAAGUAAUUGAUGCAUAAUGGGUUUGAAGACUGAAUUGGUUAUAUUUGUUUGAGUAUGUAAGUCGGUGAAGUCUUUCUUCGUAUUACUUGUGGAAUUUUAAGUAUCUAACUUUGUUGGCAUGGGGGCUGGAGAUUGAAGUUAUAUGGAUAAAGUCAGUAGGAAAUUAUUUCUGGUGAAACCGGGAAUGAAUGUGUACAAGAAUCUCUCCCUGUUUUGCAUAGCAGCUGCCAUCUCAAGUUAACUGCUAUAACUGACUCCAGCUACUGUUAAGUAGCUCCUUAACUGGAUGACUGCUUCUACACAACUAUUAUCCUACCCCCUAUUCCUCUCUAUUUCACAUUUCUCUUCUCACACCUAGAAGAAUGUGUUCUCCCUUCAUGUUAAUGGUUAUAUUGUCUCUUUAUAUUUAGGAAGAAGCUAUAUUCUCCUUCAACCAACCUGUUACUUUUUUCCUUUCAUAUUUUCAUAACAUAUGAAUGCUUAAGUAAGGUGUUCAUGCCUCCAUGAUAUUUCAGAUGAGUCUGAUGACUGAUUCUCCAGUACACUCCUCUAGUAGCGAUGACUUUGCAGCUUUUCUUGAUGCGGAGUUGGAUUCUAAAUCUUCAGACUCAUCACCGAAUGAAGAAGGAGCUAAGAAUGAAUUUGAUUCUGAUUCUUCAGACUCAUCACUGAAUGAAGAAGCUGAGAAUGAUUCUGACUCUAAAAGCAAGAGUAGCAUCGUCAAGUAAAGAGACCUGCUUGCAUCCAGGUUCUUUUGGAGACAUGUGUAUACUCUGUGGACAAAAGUUGAACCUGGAAACUGGUGUCACAUUUGGAUACAUACAUAAGGGAUUAAGGCUUGGCAAUGAUGAAAUUAUGCGGUUACGUAAAACAGAUAUGAAGAAUUUGUUACGCCACAAAAAGCUUUAUUUAGUUCUUGAUUUAGACCAUACUUUGCUUAAUUCUACUCAGCUUAUGCAUAUGACUUCAGAGGAGGAAUAUUUGAAGAGUCAAAUAGAUUCUCUACAAGAUGUUUCAAAUGGUAGCCUCUUCAUGUUGGACUUCAUGCACAUGAUGACCAAGUUAAGGCCCUUUGUACGCACAUUUCUGAAGGAAGCCAGUCAAAUGUUUGAAAUGUACAUAUACACUAUGGGUGAUAGAGCAUAUGCACUGGAAAUGGCCAAGUUGCUUGACCCUAGAAGAGAGUACUUCAAUGCUAGAGUUAUUUCACGUGAUGAUGGAACUCAAAGAAAUCAAAAAGGUCUUGAUAUUGUGUUGGGGCAAGAAAGUGCUGUUCUGAUCCUUGAUGAUACAGAAACUGCAUGGUCAAAGCACAAAGACAAUUUGAUAUUGAUGGAAAGAUACCAUUUUUUUGCUUCAAGUUGUCACCAAUUUGGCUUCAAUUGUAAAUCUCUUUCGGAGCUAAAGAGUGAUGAGAGUGACUCUGAUGGAGCACUCGCAUCUGUUCUUAAAGUGUUGAGGAAAAUUCACCAUAUGUUCUUUGAUGAGCUGGUGGACAAUCUUGAUGGCAGAGAUGUGAGAGAGGUUUUGAAAACAGUUCGCAAGGAUGUGCUGAAGGGAUGUAAAAUUGUCUUUAGCAGAGUUUUUCCUACCCAAUUUCAGGCUGAUAAUCACCACCUCUGGAAGACGGCUGAGCAAUUGGGAGCCACGUGCUUCAGAGAACUCGACCCAUCAGUUACACAUGUGGUCUCCCAAGAAGCCGGGACCGAGAAGUCUCGUUGGGCUCUGAAGAACAAUAAGUUUUUGGUCCAUCCACGGUGGAUAGAGGCUGCAAAUUAUUUAUGGCAAAGACAGCCUGAGGAGAAUUUCCGUGUCAACCAACCAAAAAAUUAAUAGUUAAUAUCAUCAUUUGGGUCUAAACCAUUUUUGUAGUAAUCGAUAGUUUGGGGGCCUUGUUUGUUCCUGUCUUGGUAACGUAAGAUAAGUUCCUUGACGUCUUAUCAUCAUAAUUUAUGAUUGUACCUAUUUACAUCUAGUGUUUCAUAGAAUCAUGUAAAAUCACCGAUAUGUUUCGAUCAAUGCUUCACUGAAGUUCAUUUA